CCAAUGAGAGCCCAUUGGACUGCCUCUUGUUGAUUGGCAGAGACGGGCAGAACCCGGGAAAAAAAACGCGGUCUAUCAGAAGUGGUUUUUGGGGUGCGCGCGGUAGGUUGCUGUGAUCUGUGUUCCGCCAGAAAUCCAGGUGUGACUGAUCAUGGCAUCAUCAGAGGGGGUCAAAGGGAAGGAAAAGGACUCAGAUGCCCAAUUUCAGGCCCUUGUAGGCGAGGAAGGGAGGGCAGCCUGCCGGGCCUGCAAAUAUGAGAUGCGUGUGAAUCCGGCUGAUCCCCAGGAGCACAUAGCCACCAUUGUGCGUGACAGCACUGCACAGUCUCCUGUAUCCCAGACUGACAAGGAACUUAGUGUUUUGGAAAGUUCUGGUCUUGCAAACACCAUGGCCAAGAGGACAGAGGUCUGGCAUUCCUGUUCAAUGAAGACGAGCGAGGAAGAAGUAGAUGAGGCAGUAGUAACUAAUGGGCCCAGCACAUCUCCAGCACCAUUCCAGUUUAGUGCCGGUCCCACCUUGGAAGACAUUCGAAGCCUCCAGGCUGCAUUCGCCGCUGAGCGGGGCUGGGGAAAGUACCACCAACCUCGGAAUCUGCUUCUUGCUCUCGUUGGGGAGGUUGGGGAGCUGGCAGAGCUCUUCCAAUGGCGGGAAGAAGCCCCAAAAGGCCUACCAGGGUGGACACCAUCGGAGCGUGAAGCCCUCGCCGAUGAGCUCAGCGAUGUCCUCAUUUAUUUGGUUGCGCUGGCAAAUAAAUGCCAUGUGGACCUUCCUUCUGCUGCUCUCCACAAAAUAGAGAAGAACUGCCUCAAAUACCCAGCCAAGCAGGUCUACGGUUCAUCCAAAAAAUACACCGAAUAUCAGCAAUAAGUAUGGACAGAACCUCUUCCUGGGUGGAGAGAAGAGAAAACCAGUCUGUGGCUUUUAGAGGCUGCUCUUUUCUAAUCAAGCUACACAGUUGUUGUUCCAUGAUUUAGGACCUCAUCUGGAUGAGCAGUUCCAAGUGACCCCUGUUUCACUCUCGGCUUUGCAGGAUGAAUCCAGCAAGCUCUGCUUCGAAGAUAGGCAAAUACCCCUGUUGUGGAGAGCCCUGUUUUUAUACCUUUGCCCUUUCCUUUCUUUUGUCAAGUAGAUUUGGGGAACCCGUGACCAUCCAGGAAGUGUUGGGCUCCAAUUCCAGUCACCCUGAGACCAUGUUGGCCAAGAGUCAUCAGAGUUGGAGUCCAACCACCAUUCGAAGGUUGUGGGUUCUCCAUCCCAACCUUCAAGGAUUGCAGACGUGCUCAUCAAGGGAGUGCUGCAGAAUUUCUUUGAAGGGGAUGUAAAGCUGAAAUGUCACACCUCAGCUUGUGGAAAAAGGUAUUUUGCAGGGAGAAAUAUGUGCCCUUUUCC